CGUUGUCUUCAAAGCCCAAAACAAAGUAUUCGAGCCAGUGGAGGUGGAGUUGCUGGCGGAGGAUGAGAUAAUGGUGGUAGAGUUUAGGGAUAUUUUGCCAAGUGAUUUGGGUGUAUUAAGCAUCGCGUCCUUCGAAGGAAUCCUAAACGACAGGAUGAAAGGGUUUUACCGAAGUACCUAUCUGCACAAUGGGGAGAAUAAGAAUAUGGCUGUCACACAAUUUGAGCCAGCUGAUGCAAGGAGAUGCUUUCCUUGUUGGGAUGAACCUUCUUUUAAGGCAACAUUCAAGAUGACAUUAGAAGUACCAUCUGAACUGGUAGCUCUUUCCAACAUGCCAGUUAUUGAAGAAAAAAUAAAUGGGACUUCAAAAACAGUUUGUUAUCAAGAAUCUCCAAUCAUGUCCACAUACUUGGUGGCCAUUGUUGUUGGUUUAUUUGAUUAUGUUGAAGAUCAUACACCCGAUGGAAUUCCUGUCAGGGUCUACUGUCAGGUUGGCAAAUCAAACCAAGGAAAGUUUGCUUUAGAUGUCGCUGUUAAAACACUUGGAAUUUACAAAGAGUAUUUUGCAGUGCCAUAUUCCCUACCUAAACUAGAUAUGAUAGCAAUUCCUGACUUUGCUGCGGGAGCCAUGGAGAAUUAUGGUCUUGUUACAUAUAGAGAAACUGCUUUGCUUUAUGAUGAUAAGAACUCUGCAGCCGCUAACAAGCAAAGAGUUGCCACUGUAGUAGCCCAUGAACUAGCACAUCAAUGGUUUGGCAAUCUCGUGACAAUGGAGUGGUGGACUCAUCUAUGGCUGAAUGAGGGGUUCGCAACAUGGGUGAGCUACUUGGCAGCUGAAAGCUUAUUCCCACAAUGGUCUAAUUGGACUCAAUUUCUUGAAGAAAGCACAUCGGGGCUUCGAUUAGAUGGGCUUGCAGAAUCGCACCCCAUUGAGGUUGAUGUCAAUCAUGCAAGCGAAAUUGAUGAAAUUUUUGAUGCAAUCAGUUAUCGGAAGGGUGCAUCUUUAAUUCGGAUGUUGCAGAAUUAUCUUGGCGCGGAAUGUUUUCAGCGUGGACUUGCUUCAUACAUUAAAAAGUAUGCUUGCUCCAAUGCAAAGACGGAAGAUUUAUGGUCUGUCCUCCAGGAAGAGUCUGGUCAACCAGUGAACAACCUAAUGAAUUCCUGGACAAAACAAAAGGGUUAUCCAGUUGUCACUGUCAAGAUAAAUGAUCAUAAUUUGGAAUUUGAGCAGUCACAAUUUCUGCUGAGUGGUUCUCAAGGAGAUGGGCAGUGGAUAGUUCCAAUAACACUAUGUUGUAGCUCGUAUGAUGCUCGCAAAAGUUUCCUGCUGCAAACAAAAUCAGAAACUCUUUAUAUAAAUGACUUGUUGAGCUCACAAUCACAAAUGAAUUCAUGGAUAAAAGUUAAUAUAGAUCAAACAGGGUUCUAUAGGGUGAAAUAUGAUGACAACCUUUCAGCAAGACUUAGAUCUGCAAUAGAGAACAAGUUCCUGUCAACAAAUGAUAGAUAUGGCAUUCUGGACGAUUCAUUUGCCUUAUCCAUGGCGUGCUGUCAACCUUUGUCGUCAUUACUUGCCCUGAUGGCAGCUUACAGGGAGGAACUUAACUACACUGUUCUAUCUAACCUCAUAAGUAUAAGUUAUAAAGUUGCAAGAAUCACGGCUGAUGCUGCUCCUGAAUUACUAAGUGACAUCAAGCUGUUUUUCAUUAACCUGUUCCAGUACUCCGCAGAGAGGCUCGGUUGGGAUCCCAAGCAAGGGGAAGGCCAUUUAGAUGCCAUGUUGAGGGGAGAACUUCUUAAUGUAUUGGCAGCAUUUGGGCAUGAUGCAACAAUAAGUGAAGCAAACAGGCGCUUCCUUGUAUAUUUGGAUGAUAGAAGUACACCUGUUCUAACUCCAGACUUGAGAAAGGCUGUAUAUGUCGCUGUAAUGCGGGAUGCCAGCAAAUCAAACAGAUCAGCAUUUGAGGCUCUCUUGAGAGUCUACCGAGAGACUGACCUAAGUCAAGAGAAGACUCGCAUUUUAGGCUCAUUAGCAUCUUCUCGGGACCCAGAACUCAUUCUUGAAGUUCUAAACUUUAUGCUUUCAUCAGAGGUCCGGAGUCAAGAUGCUGUUUUUGGACUUGAUGUCAGUUUUGAAGGGCGUGAAGUUGCUUGGAACUGGUUUAAGGAAAACUGGGACAGAAUAUGCACAAUUUAUGGUCCCGGAUUUCUAGUCACCCGCUUUAUCGCUGCAGUUGUGUCACCGUUUGCAUCGUAUGAGAAGGCAAAAGAGGUGGAGGAGUUCUUUGCAACUCGGACGAAGCCUUUCAUUGCGAGGAGCUUGAAGCAAAGCCUAGAGAAGGUUGAUAUAAAUGCCAAGUGGGUCCAGAGCAUUCAGAACGAGAAUAACCUGGCUGAGGUGGUGAGGGAGCUCGCUCGCAGGAAAUACUAAUUCAAUUUUCGGUAGUAAGCUGUGAAAGAACUUUGCAUUUCAUUCGACUAAAAAUGUUUUUGUCUAAUCCUUUCAUCGGCUCAUUUCACAUGCACACACUUGCAAGUUGCACAUUUAUCUGUCAAGUGUAGACUGUAGUUUCAAAUGCCUUAGGGCCAGUUCAACUGCACCUACCCAAUCUUUUAAUUUUCUCAUGGUGAAGGAAGUUUUGGUCCAUUUCGUAUGUUCGGUUCUUUGCCUGAAAGUACAGCCCCUUCCAUCCUGUCUUGAAUAUUUCAUUAUUUCAUGGGC